AUGGUUUCUCUGAUGUAUAUUUCUGCUGAUGAAGGAGAGACUGGUGGGUUCUUAAACUUCCAUCUUCCGUCUAAAGCUUCCUGUAUAGACAACAAACGUGCAAUAAUACUCCAGCAGGCGAAUAUACGUUUUAGGCGCUCCAGGAAUCCUGUAAUUGGUGAUGAAUUUAGCAGCCGACAUGGACAAAAGGGUGUUUACUCACAAUUAUGGCCUAAUGUUGAUAUGCCCUUCUCAGGAGUUACAGGAAUGAGGCCAGAUCUUAUUAUUAAUCCUCAUGCUUUCCCUUCAAGAAUGACGAUUGCUAUGCUUCUGGAGUCAAUUGCUGCUAAGGGAGGUGCUUUACAUGGCGAGUUUGUUGAUGCUACACCGUUUUCCAUCACAAUGAAGGAAUCAGAAUCAGAAUCCAAUUCAUUGGUGGAUGAACUUGGUUCGAUGUUAACGGCUUGUGGUUUCAAUCACCAUGGUGUGGAGGUACUAUAUAGUGGAGUAUAUGAGACAGAACUGACUUGUGAAAUAUUUAUUGGACCUAUUUAUUAUCAGCGUCUACGACACAUGGUGUCCGACAAAUUUCAGGAGAUUGACGAGGAUGUCUCGCACCGUAUCGGGGCGGGAUGGAUGAAGUGGAAACUUGCAUCGGGGGUGCUGUGUGAUAAGAAGGUGCCGCCCAAGCUUAAAGGUAAAUUCUAUAGGGUGGUAGUCCGUCCGGCCUUGCUGUAUGGAGCGGAGUGUUGGCCAGUUAAGAACUCCCACACCCAAAGAAUGAAGGUGGCAGAAAUGCGGAUGUUGCGCUGGAUGUGUGGACUGACCCGAAGGGAUAGAGCUCGGAAUGAGACUAUCCGGGAGAAGGUUGGGGUGACUUCAGUGGAGUGUAAGAUGCGGGAAGCACGAUUGAGAUGGUUCGGACACGUGAAGAGGAGGGGCAUGGAUGCCCCGGUCCGUAGGUGUGAGAGGCUAGCGUUGGAUGGUUUUAGACGGGGUAGGGGUAGACCGAAGAAGUACUGGGGUGAGGUGAUUAGGCGGGACAUGGAACAGUUACAGCUUACCGAGGACAUGACCCUAGAUAGGAAGGUCUGGAAGACG